AUGAGAAUUACCUUUCAGUUUCCCCGCCAAUCGUGGAUCCGCUGCUGGCUGAAGCGGUCCAGCAUGUUCAACCGGAAACUGGGUCUCCAGCGGAUCGGCAGCAUCGUCGGAACGCCCUCGAUACACGUCGUCCGGGAGGUGUUUUCCGCGUUGCUCAGUGUAGGCGAGGAGCUGGAGGGGAUGCAGCCGCGAAUCUACACCGUAAUCGCCCGCCAGCUGACGUGGACAUCACGAUAG